UUUCUACCACCGCAAAAACCACAUGUCUUCUCGGUCGCACGAGAAUUUUUAAAAAUUUACACUGAAAUAUGGUGAAAAUAGUUGUGAAAGUGUACAGAAUUGACAAUUGAAUAACACAUCGUUAUAUUUCCAUAAAGGAUCAGUGCUAAAUUGUGACGGAAAGUGUUAAAAAUCACUUCAAAGAUUUUUCCUCUGACAAACACAAGAAGAAGAAAAUCACACAUUUCCUCUUCAUACGUUAUUCGUUUAAUAUCGUUUGUGUGUGUGUUUCGCUUGACAUUCUUCGAGUUGUCAAAUUACGUAUUAUUUGGCAUACGUUUUGGUACGUUCGUUCGUCGUGUACGUUUCGGUCGAGUUUCCCCUCAUUCGUGUAAACUUUACCGUUUGUUGUUGUUUUUCUUCUUGGAGAAAAUCCGUGUGCGCAUAAGAGAAACGUAAAUAACGUGAUAUUAAACAAAAAUAAAAAACAACAGAAACAGAAGCAGCGAAACUAGUGCAGAACAAAAUAAAAACAAAUCUGAUAGUAAAACGUAGAAAGAAGAGUGAAGUGAAUAGAAAAACAAAACCAAGUGUUUCCUUCCGUUGCUGUCAAUUACGUCGUCUUAAUUCUCAACUUCAAUUUGAAUUAUCUAUUUACUGGAUUUAAAUUCUAAUCUCUAGGAGCUUGGCCAUCCCAUACAAGAAGGUCCCCAGAGUUUGGUGUUUUGCUGUAGUAGCUUGAGUAGGCAAGGAAGCACCCAAGAGUUUCCAGCGUCUGCUUGACUCGAAUUCUGGAGUAAAUAACGCUUGAGACGUUAUUGUACUCUGGAAGCCGUUUGAGAAGAACAAACCCCCCGACCUAUUAUGUCAUCCAAGGAAGAAACUUCAACAGGGGCUGUAGCUGCAGCAGCCACUGUUACUGCUACACCCGCUGCAGCAACUGCCGCCAGUGGUGCCGCUGGUGGUGGAGCUAAUAACGCCGCUACUGGUUGCUCGUAUGCAAAUGUUUUGCAAAAUUUAGAUGCAAAGAAAGCUGCUGCUGCUACUCCAGCAGCCGCAGCAGCAGCAGCAGCAACCGAAGCUCCAACUGAUGGUGCCACAGUUGCCAGCAAUCGAGAUGAAAAGGAAAACCAACCGGAUGCUAAGGCUACUAAAUUAUGGAGUGAUGAGGUCGAUCUGGAAGCCAUGAGUUCUGCCACAACAGUAGCGGGAGAAAAGCGUGCAGCUGCCAAUACGGAUACUGCCGCCGAAAACUCAUCUGAGGUCGAUGACAAUGGUGAUUUUGUGCCCGUUGUCUCGAAUUCUCGUCGCGAUCGCAAAAAGGCUCGCAAAGAUAAAGUGCCUAGAGAUGGACGUGGCAAUGGCGGUGGCAAUGGUGGCCAAGGCGGCGGAGGUCAAAAAUCAGGAGGGCAAAGACAACGUGGAAAUGCCAGCGGCAAUGGUGGGCCUGGGGCCACUGCCUCCACGGGUGAAAAAAGCGAAGGCGAAAAGAAAUAUCCCCCACGACAACGUCAACGAAAUGGCAGUCCACGCAAGUCCGGAAAUCAUAAACCACUGCCCAAGGAACAACGAAAGGAUGCUUCACCCAGUGCUAAUGCAGAAAAUGCUAGCAGCGGCAAUGAAGCCAAAUCAGGCGAUGGUGAAACACAUGCUCAAACAUCUGCUGCAGGUACUAAUGCUGUAACAGCCAAUACUUCGCAGCCCAAAAAGUUUGUUGCUGCUCCCCCACCGAAGGUCAACGCUUGGAAGAUUUCUAAACAACAAGCUUCAAGUCCCAAAGCAAGUUCGUCGCCAUUGGAUAAACGUGUCUUGCAGCCCAAACAACCCAAGCAGCAGCAACAACAACAAAAAUCCCAGCUCCCAGCACAGAAUCAAAGCGAAAAGCAACCGGCAACUGAUAUCAGCAGCGGCGGGAACAACAGCAACUCCAAUACAAACGCACAGAAUCAAAAUAAGACACAAACCACCGCCCCAAAUAAAGUAGAGUCCACAACCGUAGUCGUCUCCAAAAGUGAAGCAAAUGCAGCUGUGGUAAAGGACAAAAAGAAAGUCAACCAAAAGGCAAGUGAUUUUAGCAACGUUGGUGAUUGGCCAAUGCUAAUUGGUGGUAAAUUUGGCGGCACUGAAACAAAACGAUCAUCAAGAAAACAUCGCUCGAACGCUCAAAAAGAAGAUAACCGCACCACGGUUAAAAACUCAAACGCUGAAGAAGUUACAAACGUAAACAGCACUCAAGAAUCAACCAACGAAAAGGUUUCUUCAUCGACCAGUGUUGCUGCACCCACAUCUUCAUCGUCUUCGACCACAUCGUCUAGCGCUGCCAAGGAAAAUCAAGAUCCUAAAGCAACAAAUACAGCUGCUGGAAGUCAAACAGCCGUCGGACAAAAUAUCAAUGAAGCAUCUACUAGCGGCAACGGAAAUAAUCCCUCAAAUGCAAGUGGCAAUGGAAUCAAUAAGAAAAUACCCAAACAAAAGUGGAGACCAUUGCAAAUCGAUUUGGCCAAAUCUAGUCGUUCCAAAUCAAUUGGUCGUCCCACAAGACGAGGUAUUGGCUCACAGUCACGCUAUCACGACCGCAACAGCAACAAUCGUGGCGGCGAGUCUAACAAUGAAAGACGUGCAAUCAACAGCAACACCAAUGCUGCCAGCAGCAGCGGCGCCAGCAUUGCUGAGGGUCAACCACGCGGCGGUGAGCGCCAAAAUGUUGUCAACAACAAAACAAAAUCUGGCAAUGUUGGUGAACGCAUUGAUUCCUGGCGUAGCGGCAGCGGCACCGAUCGCCACGAUCGGGAAUACGAACGACCAGCCCGCACCCAACGGCGCUUCCGCACGUCCUACAGGGGCGGGCGGCAAGGGCGCGGCGGUGGCGGAUUCUCAAGACCGGGACCAGGUCGUACGUCAAAUCGCAUACCACGCCAUCUGUUAGCCAAUGGCGAGUACGCAAAUUACUUAUCGGCGGAUGCCGCCGGUGCAGAUCCCUCAUUUGUUCUUAUGGGUACCCAUUAUUAUGGUCCCAUGCCUGCUGCAUAUAUUGAAAUGGAUGCACAAAGCGUCAAAGAAGCUAUUAAAAAACAAGUUGAAUAUUAUUUUAGCGAAGAGAACCUUACCGGCGAUUUCUUUUUACGCCGUAAAAUGGAUGACGAAGGUUGCAUCCCUGUCACAUUGAUCGCUUCGUUCCAUCGGGUUCUAGCUUUAUCCACAGAUGUGGCUUUAAUCAUAACAGCCAUAAAGGAAUCGGAUAAAAUUGAACUGCUCGAAGGCUAUAAGGUGCGCACAAAGACGAACCCAACAAUUUGGCCCAUUAAAGAAGUUGUGGAUACAGCUGGUAACCCCCUGUCUUCGAUAGCAGCUGGCACCAGCGCAGCAGCUGGCACCAGCGCAGCAACCGGCAGCAGUACGACUGCUGCUGCUGCUGCAGCAACAAAACCCAAUCCCUUAGAAAAUGGUACUGUUAGCACAGCUACAGCCACAGCAAAUACGACCACUACUCCUACUCAAAAUGUUGUACAGAGCAAAGAUGCUACUAUUGCCAAUGAAACUCCUGCUUCUAAAGCAGCUGCAGCUGCAACUGAAGUUGCGGCAGCGGCAACGGCGACAGAAGGAGCUGUUACAGCUUCCGCUAAUGUCGUCAGCAACAACAACACCUCACCCAACUUGAUUUAUGUACCCGAAGUGCCUCUGCCACCGAUUUUAACCUCUCCCAUGGCUACAAAACCCCUAAGUUGUAUACCACCACCACCGGUGCCACGUAAUUCGCAAAACUUGCUGCCCACCAUGCUGUUGCAACAAGAGAGACAGACACCUGCCCCUGCAUUGAAUGCCAUUAGUGCUCUCACUAAGAAGGUGGAAGCUGCCGCUGCGGCAGAACAACAGACAACGGGUGGAGCGGUGGCUCAGUUGGCGGAUCAUUUGAGUGGAUUGGCUGAGAGCGUAACAACAGCGGUGGCAAAACCAAACUCGACAUCGACGCCCGAAAAGAAAACUGCCUUGCAUAGCACGAGAGAUGGCAAAGCUGUUGCGACUUCGGAUAGCGCAGACUCAACGACCGCUGAACCUGCCGACGGCAUGUGGAAAGAGGUAAAGAGACGCUCAAAAUCAAAUGCUUAUAAAGAUACUAAAUCAGCUACAAAUUCGACACAAAUGUCAUCAUCACAAUUGCCACUCGCCAACACCUCUUCUGCAUCCACAUCUUUGUCCAAUCAAUCCUCCACCACCUUGACCUCUACCACAACCAACACCUCUGCCACUCCUACAACCUCCAUGAUCCCCAACAAUAAAUCAUCCAAUGCCAUAAAUGCCACCCCAUCCAAUGCUUCCUCUUCCGAAAAUGUCAAAAACAACAACACACCCACCAAUCCCUCCACCACCACCACCACCACGACCAUCAAAUCCUCCUCUGCCUCCUCCAAAACAGCUGUGUUCUCAACAACCACCGCCGGCCACCACCAGCCAGUCGUCGAGAAGGAAGAACUAGACUUCCAAUUUGAUGAAGAGCUUAUGGAUCCUAUACCUGCCUCUGGACGCGUCAAUAACUUCACCGAACACUAUUCCGAUGAUGAUGAAUCCGAUUAUGAAUUUGCCGAUCGUGAUAUAAACAAACUGUUGAUUGUCUCCCAAGUGCAUAGGGCACCGAAACACGAGGGCUAUGAUCGCACUGCCGACUACACUUCACGAACAAAAAUUACUCAGGACUUGGAGAAUGUCAUCAACGAUGGCUUGGUUAACUACGAAGAAGAUCUCUGGAUUACCUCAAAUACGGCUAACGAUUAUCGUACCGUGAAUGUGAUUUCCCAGGAAGAUUUCGUGAAACUGGCCGGCAAUGCUAGACCACAAUCGGCAUCUCAACGCAAUCAACAACCGCCUCCACCACCUCCACCCGCCUAUGAUGAUGAAGACUCCACACUAAAUGCCACCAUGAACUCCACACUGAAUUCCACCAUUAAAUCUCGAAGAGCCCGUUUCUAUGCUGCCCCCAAUAAUCACACCCUUGACCUGCGUACACCGCGUAAACGCAAAACCCGCCAUUCAUCCAAUCCUCCCGUCGAAGCCCACGUGGGUUGGCUGCUCGACACGGUUGAACACCGACCACGUACGACAUCUAUGGGUUCCUCGGCUGGCACAUCGCCCACCACCUCCUCAUAUGGCUCAUCAGUACCUCAAUCGUUGCCCGUCUUCCAACAUCCAUCGCAUGCGCUCUUAAAGGAGAAUAAUUUCACACAGCAAGCAUAUCACAAGUAUCAUUCGCGUUGCCUUAAAGAGAGACGUCGUCUGGGCUUUGGUCAAUCCCAGGAAAUGAAUACCUUGUAUCGUUUCUGGUCAUUCUUUUUGCGUGAGAACUUCAACAAGACCAUGUACAAUGAAUUCCGAACAUUGGCCCUGGAAGAUGCUAGCAAUGGUUUCCGUUAUGGAUUGGAAUGUCUAUUCCGUUUCUUCUCCUAUGGUUUGGAAAAGAAAUUCCGUCCACACAUCUAUGAUGAUUUCCAAGAAGAGACAAUGAAAGAUUACGAAAGUGGUCAACUUUAUGGUCUCGAGAAAUUCUGGGCUUUCCUCAAAUAUUACAAAAAUGGCGAAAAACUUGAAGUUCAACCAAAAUUGAAGAAUUACUUGAAAGACUUUAAAACUAUUGAAGAUUUUCGUGUUGUUGAACCGGAAAUCAAUGAAAUGCUACAGGGUGUUGGUAGUCUCAAUCGUGGGCGCAAUUUCCAACGUCACCGCAGUGUCUCGGAGAGUGAUGGUACCAAAGUUAUUAUAGCGGGUGCUAAUAAUCGCAGACCAAAUACCACAAUCACCAAUCGUAGUGAUUAUGUGGGCAAUCGAGUACAACAACAGCAACAACAACAACAACAGCAGCAACAAUAUCAUCAACAACAGCAACAAUACCAAGGAAACAAUCGUAGACGUACCGGAUCAUUUGGUAGCAGUACAGUACGUGUGCGCAGCGGCUCACUGGGCAAUAAGCCUCAAGUGGCCAAUCGUAAUUAUCACUAUGGUUCACCGAAUGAACUGAGACGCAGUGGUGGUGGCAGUGGCAGUAAUACUGGCCUAAAUCGUAAUCAGCAACGUCAACAACAGCAGCAACAGUAUCAGCAGCAGCAUAAACAAAACAAACAGCAACAGCAACAACAACAACAACAGAACCAAAAUCAAACAAAGGAUAGUACCAAUAACAAACAACAGACAACAUCAUCCUUGGAACAGCAACAAUGUAAUAAUAAAAAAUCAAACACAACAACGACAGCGUCUGUAGUAGCGGCGGAAAAAUAAAAUUCAUUUGUUUACUUCUGCUUUUCUAUUAUUAUUUUUUAUUUUUAUUUUUUUUUCUUUUAAUUUUUUUCCUUUAUAUACAUAUAAAUUUAAGUGCUAUUUUCUAUAACUUAGUGUUUAUAUACUCUUAAAUAUUAUGUUUUUUCUCUUUUUACAUUUUCUUCUUCAUAUAUACAACAUUACACAAAGUUAUUUUUUUUCUAAUUUGGGUUAUCCGAAGAGAAACGAAGAAAAAAUCAAACAAAAAAAAAAUUAAACAAAAAUUAAAAAUUUUGCAAAAAAAAAGAUAAACUAUAAACAUAAUGAAUAAUUUUUAUUAGACUUAGGCUUGUAUUGCUCUAUAGAAUCAUUGAAAACAAAAACAAGAAGAAUCCUAAAAAAUUAUAAAACGAAGUUUUGCUUUAACGACUAACGAAAUUUUUGUAUUUUUUUUUUUUUUGUGGAAAAAACCCCAAAUCUUUUUACUUUUCGUAUAUUUGAGUCCUUUUCUAUUAUUAUUUAUUUUGUUGUUUUAUUUUUUUUUUCUUUCUUAAAAAUAUAAUGCUAUAGUCCCCCCCCAAAUGAAAAUUUGAAAUGCUCAAAAACAGAUCAUUAAAAAAAUAAAUUGUUGAUUUUUUUCCUUUAUAUUUUUAAAAUAACUUUCCCCUCUUGUAUUUGAUUGAUGAUGUUAUGGAAACUAUUUCUUGAAAAAAAAAACACAAAAACCUUAAAAGAUUUUCUAAAAAUAUUUUUGUUUUUUUUUUUCAUAAAACAUAUUUGCUAAAAUAUAUUUUUUUUAUAUAUACAUAUAAUUAAAUAAUUUUUGUAUAAAUUUUAAUUAUUUAAUAUAAAUAAAAUUAUACGGCGUCAUGGUGGCAACCCCAGGGACCGAAAAGAAACAAAAAAAAAACACAAAGGAAAAAUAAUGUCUAGAUUAUGGUAGUGCAACCAAAUUUCAGUUGGCAACGCAACCAAACAACAAAUAAAGAUUAAAAAUGAAAAGAAACAAAAAACACACAAAGGAAAAAUAAUGUCUAGAUUAUGGUAGGGCAACCAAGUUUCGGUUGGCAACGCAACCAAACAACAAAUAAAGGUUAAAAAUGAAAAGAAACAACCAAAUCGCAAAGGAAAAAUAAUGUCUAGAUUAUGGUAGGGCAACCAAGUUUCGGUUGGCAACGCAACCAAACAACAAAUAAAGGCUUAACAUGAAAAAUCUUGGUAAUAAACAAACCUAAAUCUAAUAGUAAAAAUUGGCAAUGCAACUAAACUACUUUAAAAGCCUUAAAAGAAAAAAAAUUUGAAUAAUAUAUAUGAUUAGAAGUUGUAAAUUGGCAACGCAACUUAUAUAACUCUUUGAUGCCCAUAUGCUGGAGUUUUGGCUAUCUGGGAACUUGAAUCAAACAAAUAAGCAAAUCAAAGCCUAAAAUAUUAGAAAUUAUAAAAUUUUUAGAAAAAAGUUGUUUUUUUAAUUCUUUGUAUUUUUUUUAUAUAAAAAAAGUAAAGUUUAUGAAAAGUACCCUAGAAUAGGUCGCUUAAUUUGUAAUGUUUAAAAAGCCAAAAAGUUCAUAUAUUCGAUUUAAAGCCAAAUUUAUUUGCUAUCUACUCUUAUGAACUAAGUAGACACUUCAUGCAACUGAUGGCCCAAAAAAACCACUCUCUACUACUCUUUCCUUUUUUUUUAUAAAUCUUUGCCAACUGUAGUGACAUUGCCAAACACAAAUUUUCCCACAAAUAUUCCAUUAAUCAAUAGCGGCAUCACAUCGUAUGCCUUGUUAUAGCCGAAUGGGACAGUGUGUACCAGAGCGACAUCUUUUGAUAGAGAAAAUUAUCAAAGCUGCUGCAGCUAAUAAGGUCGACCAAAGACUAAAUGCAAGCAAUUUUUAUAGGUUUUAGGUUUGUAAAACUUCUCUACCAAGAGGUGUCGCUCUUGUACACCCCGUUCAACUCGGUAGAGUGGUUUUACUAAGCUGAAGAACCCAACAUUCAGCCCAUGGUAGCCGGUUGUACUUAGCGGAAUGACCCAAUGGAGUUCUUCAUCGGCAACGGCUGCCGCCUCAGUGUAUAACACACUGCUACAACAACAACAACCCAACAAACGUUGAUCUCGUUUUGAGAAAGUUUUGAAAAAUAGCAAGAAAAUCUUUUGAGAGAGUUAUAAUAAUAAAAAAAAUAAAAUAAAUAUAAUUAUGUGGUCUAUUGACCUUAAAAUUUUAAUUUCCAGUUGGUUUGGCUUGAGACACAAAAUGCUUUCAAUUUGAAUUUUAUGAAUUAUUUUUCGAUAUUUCGAUUGACAUAUUCAAUUCUCCUCAGGGGAAAUUUGAAAAAUUUGGAAUUUAAGGCAGUAAGACGAAUUUCACUUGUAAAAUUUCGUUGCAUACACUUUCACUUCUAGUAGACAAAGAUUCUAUACAAGAAAAGGUCCACUUAUUAUUUCAUAAGUUCAACGUUUUUAUAUAACUCCUGAGGAUAAACGACGAUGCUAAUUGAAAAUAAUAAACCUAACGACAUUUCUUUUUACAGACUCUUAGUCUGCUAGUAGUGAAAAUAUAAACUCUUUCAUAAUAACAAUUAUCAUUAUUUCGAUUAACAUUGCCAACCAUCAUCAUGAGAUAUUAAAAAAUAUGGAACUUAUGAAAAUAGGACAAUUUUCUGAAAAAAACUUUCUUGUCUACUUUUAAAGACCAAGAGCUUUUUCCAGAAACGGACUUAUUUUCAUAAUUUAAAUUUUUUUUUAAUGGUCAUGAGGAUGAUUGACGAUGUCAAUCGAAACGAAUAAAAAAAAUAGCCUUAUUCUUGUUUAUGCCCUUUUUCUUUUCUUUCUCUGUUAGUAGACAAAGAGGGUUUACAAAAGAAAGUCAAUUAAUUUUUUAAAGUUUCAAUUGACAUCGUUAAUCAUCCUCAGGAGAAACUAACAAAUUUUGAAAAAGUCGAAUUGUUAAAACUUGUUAAAGCUCUUUAACAGAGAAAUAGUAGACCAAACAGUUUUCAGUAGAAAAACGUAUUAUGUUCAUAAGUUCAAUAUUUUUUAAUAUCUUCUGAAGAUGGUUGGCGAUGCCAGUCGAAAUAUGUCAUGAGAUUAAAUAAAGUAAAUUAAGGACUUUGGGCCGAAGCAACUGCUUAAAUAAUUAAAAAUGUUUUAAAAGAACUUUGCUGUUAUGCUAUUACAAAAAUUAGUCCCUUAGUGGGUUGCCUGAAAAGCGUUGUAUUUGUUUUUUGUUUAUCAAAUUUCCUAUUAUUUUUUAUUAUUAUAUAAAAAUUUAUAUUAUUGUUUUUUUUUUUAAUUAACUAUAGCAAUUAAAAUAUUGUUUUAAAAAAUAUAUAUACGCUAUAAUUGAAGAGAAAGAAACCACAAGUUUAAGCAAACAAAAUACCACAAAAAAAUACUAUGGUCAUAUAUGAAUAAAAGAAAAUAAAAUCUGAGGAAAAGAGGUUUUUGCAAAACAAAAAAUAAACACAAAAAAAAAAGAAAAUUACAAAAAAUAGUACACUAACAACACUACCUACUACUCUAUAUGGUACACUAUAAAUAUGUAUAACAUUAAUACAAAUAAGAAAAAUAUGAACUAUAUAUAGACUUAAACAUGAGAUGAAGAAGAAAAUAGCCCCCCCCCCCCCCAAAACACACAAAUUCUUAACCAUUCAUAAAAAACAAAACGAAACAAAAAUAAUUUGAAAAAAAAUGAAUAAAAUUGCUGCCCCAGUGCCAAGCUUCGAUAGACGAAUAUAAUUUUCUUGACAAGAGACAAAGUGACAGAAGAAAUAAUAAUACUAAACAAAUCCUGAACCGAAUGUAAAGAAUAUUUUUUUUCUUUUCUAAUGAAUUUUUUUGUAAAUACUUUAUUUUUAGUUAAAAAAAAACACACCCCUUACAUAUAUUUUUUCAAAUGAAAAUCAUUAUGAAAUGAAACUAAGAGAAAACGUAACUUUAUUUUAAACUAAACAAAAAAAAAGAAGAAAAAUGAAAAUCAUACAAAAAAAUACUAAGAACCAUUUGAAGUUUAUUUGAAUUUUUGUUAUUAUUAUUAGUGCAUUAAGUUAUAACUUAAAAAAAAAAAAAUAAAAAUAAACAAACAAAAAAAAAAUAUAUAUUAUAUAAUAAAAACUAUCAAUUAUCGGAACAAUGUUCAUUCCGAUUUAAAAACCAGACAACAUGCCGUUAUCAGUUUUUUUUUUAUUGUUUAAUGUUUUGUUUUUCUUACGUUUUGUUAUGGCUUUCCUUUCCUAUAAUGAAUUUAUAGCAUUCGCUAGCAAUUUUAUAUUGUUGUAACCUAUUUCUUGAUCUUUCUUGGACUUUCAACCUUUCUUUACAUUAUACGGAAAAUUUCAGUUUGAACUCAUGUCCAGUUAUGAUGACUACUCAAUAAUUCGUUUCAUUGAUGAAACGUAUGCAAGUCGUUUAAUACAGGUCUGUUCGCGUACUUUUCCAGUAAGAAUUUGCAGGAGAGUAAGAGCAGUCGUUAGUUACUCUCUAUUUACUAUUUAUUUGAAUUAAACAGCUGUUCAACAUGUUCGACAUUAGGUCUGUUCGCGUACUUUUCUAGUAAAAUUUUGCAGGAGAGUAAGAGCUACUUUACUCUCUUUAAAAAAUGUGCAAGCAAAAAUACGCGAACGACUUCCAGUGAAAAUUUGCAGAAAAACAGCUGAUCUUUGUUUUGGUUGGUUUUUUAAUUGGGGGUAUACUAAUUUCGUCAUUCUGUUUGUAACACCUCGAAAUAUACGUCCCAUAAAGCAUAUAUAUUCUUGAUCUUUAUGUUAUUUUAAGUCGAUCUAGCCAUGUCCGUCCGUUCGUUUGUUGAAAGCACGCUAACUUUCGAAGGAGUAAAGCUGCCGCUUGAAAUUUUGCACAAAUACUUUUCAUUAGUGUAGGUCAGUUGGGAGUGUAAAUAUGCCAAACCGGUCAAUGUUUUGAAAUAGCUGCCAUAUAAACCGAUCUUGGGUCUUGGCUUCUUGAGCCUCUAGAGGGCGCAAUUCUCAUCCCAUUUUACUGAAAUUUUGCACGUGGUCUUUUUGGUAUUACUUCCAAAAACAGCGAUAAGUAUGGUUCAAAUCGGUCCAUAACCUGAUAUAGCUGUCAUAUAAACCGAUCUUGGAUCUUGAUUUCUUGAGCCUCUAGAGGGCGCAAUUCUCGUCCGAUUUAACUGAAAUUUUGCACGUAGUGUUUUGGUAUCACUUCCAACAACCGUGUUAGGUAUGCUUCAAAUCGGUUCAUAAUCUGGUUUAGCUGUCUUAUAAACCGAUCUUGGAUCUUGAUUUCUUUAGUCGAUAAAGCGCGCAAUUCUCAUCCGAUUUGGCUGAAAUUUUGCGUGAGGUGUUUUGUUAUGACUUCCAAUAACUGUGCUAAGUAUGGAGCAAAUCGGUACAUAACCUGAUAUAGCUGCCAUAUAAACCGAUUUGGGAUCUUGACUUCUUGAGCCUUGUCACCCGAUUUGGCAGAAAUUUUGUUCAACGGCUUCUCUCAUGACCUUCAACAUACGUGUUUCAUAUGGUCUGAAUCGAUCUAUAGCUUGAUACAGCCCCCAUAUAAACCUAUCUCCCGAUUUUGCUUAUUGAGCCCCUAAAGGCGCAAUUUUUAUCCGAAUGAACUGAAAUAUUACACAAUGACUUCCACAAUGUUCAGCAUUCAUUUAUGGUCCGAAUCGUACUAUAGGUUGUUUUAAAUAAAACAUGCUGGCGAUGCUUGUGAGGUAUUUCCCUUAGACAAGGCUAGAAGAUCCAUAUGUCAUAUCCGUGAUCUCUGUGCAGCUGGACAGCCAUCACAAAGGUGCUGGUCCCAGACGGAAUCACUACACUGAUGCUGAAGAAUCUGGAUCUGCCUGGAGCUGAGCAGCUUACAACUGUCCUCAGCCUGUAUGAACACUAUUAUCCCAAACCCAAGACAGCUGGUUGUACGUACCGGAUUGACCCGAUGAAGUCCGUCAUCGGCAAGGGCUGCCGCCUCAGUGUACAACACACUGCUACUACAAAAACUCAACGUCAUACAGAACAAAGUGGCUAAAGAUAUGGUGACGCACUCUUCAACUUUCUUACAACGAAAUAAGUGGCAAGAUCGGUGAGGUAGACGUUUAAAUUAGAGGGGCGCGGGUCAUGAUCAUACAAUCGUCUGCAUAAGAUACGAUCUCGAUGCCGGGGAAGUGAAAUAGAGGAAUGGUAGAGAUUAAACCGCGCCGGUGAUAUAUUUUAGGCCUAUCUGUAGGGACGUGUUGGCGAUCUCCUAAAAAGCAUGACAUGGCUGCACGUCAAGAUCCACGAUGGCAUAUCUGGAUCUGGUUAAUACUUCGGCUAAUGUGUGCAGUGAUGGCUUGCAAAGUAGUCGUCAUGCUAUGCUAUUUACGAAAUGAUGUUGAGGCUCAGCACAUGGACAUUUUUCAACUUGGCUCAGGAGGAGUAGUGCCUCGAACGUCUUAGCUAUUCGCGGGAGAAGGGAAAUAGGUCUGUACUAUACUCUUAUGCUUAAAUCCUUUUGCUGGCUUCAUUAAACGCAUCAAGUUGCACAUUUUCCAUACAUAUGAAUAUGGAACUAUAAGAGUGUACUGCGUCGGAAAAUGGGGCCUUACCUGCGGUAUUCGACUGGUUGGUAUAAAGCGAGCGGCUGUUGCGUUAAUGGUGACUCGAAAUUUCUUGUCAGCAACAUGCGGAGGUGGUGUUGUUGUUGUUGCGGCACCCCUUGCCAAUGAAAGACUCCAUCGGGUCAAUCCGGUACGUACAAUAGGCUGCCAUGGGAUUACAUGUUGUUGUUGUAGCCUUAUUUGCAUGUGGAGGUAGUGAUCUUCGUCAAAAUCGCAAAGAUGAGCAAGCUCGUUCCGGUCCAUGGGACCUAUCUCAGCGGGAUCUUUAUUUAAAGGCGCCAAUAACUCGCCUUGUCGUAUCGAGCAUCAUAGGCACUCAGUAUUUAAGCAAGAACUGGUGCCAUCCGUUCUCUCACUGGAACUGAUUAUCCGCGACUGCAGUUGUAGCUACUCCAUAUAAAGCAUUCCACUAUCUGCAACCUGUGGACGUCCAUCAACUACCAGCUAAGCUUCUCGUGAUAACACGAGGAGCGCAAGUUUCCUGCCCAUGCGGUGCUCAUAGUUAUUCCGUGCCGGGUGGGAUUGCAGGUUAUAAAGUCGGAUGGUCAGUCACUGGAUAGAUUUAUAGGGAGGUGGUUUAAUCGCAACCAAAUAACGGGUUGCCAGUAUACGUCAUUUAGAACUCCUGGUGAUGUAAUGGAGAUGUCUGAUGAACUGCUGCAAUUACCCAUAAUUGUAAUGGGGCAUCCUCCUUCUCCUCGCAGAUCGUAGCAACUACAUUAAAAGGGUGAUGAUGUACUGUACUGGUAUGGCAAUAUUCGGAGAAUGUUGCUACCUGUUGUAUGUACGGGAGAAAUCGUAGGGGAGAUAUAUACUGUCUGCGCUUGGGACUUCACUGACUACGUUGAUUCAGCAAAGUAUUCAGUAUGACUACUCUGCCAAAUGCUCAUCCAGCUAGAGCAUGUGUGGAAAUGCAACCACUUCAGGCACUGAUUACACCUUACCGAUCCGCCGGAACCCUAUCCGGCAAAUAACAGAACCAGAGUCCGAAGUUCUCUUCAAUCGCGGUAAGGUAUGGACUAGGCCGGGAUGUGCUUCUUCCACAAUACGGCAGCCCCUGGUCGAUGAGGUUUCCAUCGGGUCAAUCCGGGGCAUAGAACAGGCUACCUUGGAAAAUCGCUCUGAAAGUCCGCUGUGGCAUUAUCUAAUGUAGAUGUGACUUGCCGAUAAUCUACGUCUACGAUAAUCCUCUCUGUUGUUUCUCUUAUAAACAGGCCAAUAUAUUGAAUACAUUUCGUAACUCCUAAUGACAAAGCAAUUAAAGGUGGUCUAAUUUAUACAACAACCACAAAUCAUAUGGUGCAAUCCGCUGUUUUGCCAUCAAGCUGAUCGACGGUUUGCCAACACACAUGAAGAAAUUUGUGUGCGUGUGUGCUUACAUGAGCAGAGAGUAUGCGAGAAAGAAGAUGACAACAAAGAGAAUGCAUACAAAAAUCUGACAUCACAAUACCGUCAAACUUGGUCGGCUGUUAACAGCUGUUCGCGUGAAAAAAAAACUUUAUUUAGUGAAUGCAGGAAUGUUGAGGAGGAGGAAGGUCUAAAUUUUUAUUUUGCAAAGUAAAGAGGUAUGUUCAUUAUUUUGUUUAUAAGUUUAUGUGGAUUUUUAUUGGUACAGACAUUUUGUUUUAAUUUGUCUUCGAAUUUUUAAGCAUGCCAUGUUCAGUUGCCCCCUGUUCCUUAAUGGAGUUUUAAAAGACAAAUUUGCAAUUACAUUCAAUGAUAAAAUAUUUAGAAAAAAAUUCAAAAAAUAUUCUUUACAUUCAUGGAUAAACAAAAGAAUUUAUGCAACUAUUUUAAAGGUUCGACAAAAAUAAAAAGAAAAACAAAAAAAAAACAAAAAA